AUGUCUGACGAAACUCUCAAGAGACCAGUGUCUCCCGUACAGGUUGAACCUGAGGCCAAGAAGCAACAUACUGAGGGGCUAGUAGUCGCAACCCCACAGCCAAAGGAUGACCAUUUCGCUAAGGGGAUUGCUCCAAUUAAGGCUGAAUAUCUUAUUCCACAUGUUCCUGGCACCCACAACACCAUCACAUUUGACGACGAAGAAGGCUUGGGUGACAGAGAAGAUGCCGGGGAGGAAGGGAGUGACAAGCGCGGGAAGGGCCGAGGCAAGAAGGCCAGAGGACAAAACAAGAAGAGGGAUUUGGCCCAACACCACGAAACCAUCAGACUCUGCUCCACUGUUUUGGAUCCAGAAAAUGUCAAGGAGUGCCGUUUUGGUGCCAGCAAGUGCCGUAAUACUCACAAUGUGGAAGAAUACCUUGCCUCUAAGCCAGCCGAUAUCGAGGGCAUCUGUCCAGUUUUCAGGGCCAUCGGUUACUGCCCAGCCGGAUUGAAGUGCAGAUGGUUGCACAGUCACUAUAACAAGGAGCUUAACAAGUUAAUCAAGGACUUGGGCGUCAUGGAAGCUGCCAAGCAAAACAACUACGAAGUCAACAAGGCUGACAUCCAAGCCAAGGCUGAGUUGCAGAGAAAGAAGUUUGACUUUGCGAUUUCUAACCGGGUAAUCCCAUACUUGGACUCUUUGGUCCAGAAAGACCUACCAAAGAAGUCUACUCAAGACAAGACCAAGGAGCUGAUGAACGCGUAUGUCGAAGCCCCAUUCAAGCCAGCGGAAAAAAAGAGACUCAACUUGCACAGAGCCAAGAUUGUUUCCCCGUUGACCACCGUGGGUAACUUGCCAUACCGCCGUCUUAUGAAGACCUUGGGUGCCGAUGUCACCUACUCCGAAAUGGCCUUGGCUUUCCCAGUGGUCAACGGUGCCAACGCCGAAUGGGCUUUACCCAAGGCCCACCUCUCUGAAUACCCAGGUUUUGGGGUUCAGAUCGCCACUGCGAAGCACUGGCAGGCUGUUAAAGCCACCGAAGCCCUCGCCAAGUUGACCACCCACGUUUCUGAAAUCAACUUGAACUCUGGUUGUCCGAUCGACUUGUUGUACAGACAGGGCCAAGGGUCUGCCUUGAUGGAACAGCCAGCCAGAAUGGUCAGGAUCUUGAACGGUAUGAAUAUGGCGUCGGGCGACAUCCCCGUCACCUUGAAGAUCAGAACCGGUACCAGAGAUGGCCACUGGAACGGUGCCGCUGUCGUCAAGCGUGUCUUGAACGAUACCGAUGUCGCUGCUAUCACUAUGCAUGGCAGAAGCAGACAACAGAGAUACUCUAAGGAGGCCAACUGGGACUACAUUGGCCAAGUUGGUGAGAUUGUCGAAGCGUACAACAACGACAAGGAAGAGGAUAAGGACUCUGCCGAGACCCGCAGAGUGUUCUUUGUCGGUAACGGUGACUGCUACAACUUUGAGGACUGGAACCAGGCCGUCGAGAGAAAGGGUGUUGAUUCGGUCAUGGUUGCGAGAGGUGCCUUAAUCAAGCCGUGGAUCUUUGAGGAGGUUGAGGCCGGUCAAUACUUGGACAAGUCUGCAACCGAAAGAUUAGAUAUCUUGAGAACCUACGCGAACUUUGCCAUCGAGCACUGGGGAUCCGACGAGUAUGGUAUCAAGCAGGCCAGACGGUUCAUGUGCGAAUUCUUGUCCUUCUUCCACAGAUACAUUCCGGUGGGUAUCAUGGAGAGAAUGCCAGCCAAGUUGAACCAAAGACCGCCGAUGUGGAAGGGUAGAGACGACUUGGAAACCUUGUUGGCAAGUACCGACUACCGUGACUGGAUCAAGAUCACCGAAAUGUUCCUCGGCAAGGUAGGCGAGGACUUCCACUUCACUCCUAAGCACAAGAGUAAUGCGUACGAACCCCAGGCGUAAGAGCAGCAGCAUGCCUGUGAACGUUCACUUUGUUUAAAUAGAACUAGAAAAAAAAAUAAGCUGGCAUUUCUUGUAAAAAUAUGCCAACACUUGUAUAAUAUGC